GUUAUUCGUAUAUCCGGGCGAGGUCAAGUCCCGAGAAGCCCGGAUAAACGGCACUCCACGGUAUUUUAUCAAAAUGACCUGAUUUGUUUUUGAAUUUUUCGUUUUUUGUAUGGAGUUUGACAGUUGGAGGCUGAAAUCAUGUAAACAAUCCAUACAAAACCACACAAAAACCUAGCCUGCGAUUUUCAGUCUAGAAAAUUUUAGCCUAACCGUAUUAAUACACGAUGCGCAGUCUCAGAUUGCACAUAUAUUCGUUUUAUCAAAACAUAAGUCAUUUCGCGAAGCCAACCCUGAGCUAUAAACGUCAUUUCCAUACAUUUUCAGAUUGCGCCAAGAUUGCGCAUAAAUUUUCAAGAUUAUAUGUCCGAGAUAUAUAAAUUUUUUUUGACAGAUAAAUAUAUCAAACCGACCCGUUUGACAUAUAAAUAUAUGCGCAAUCUGAGAUUGCGCAUCGUCUGUUGCUACGGAUAUGGAAAAAUAGUUACGAUCAACUACACUUGGGAUCAAGGUGUUAUAAAUGACAAGGUGAAGUUGUUCAGAGCAAAAUGACAUUUCUCGACUUGACAUUUCUCGACUUGACAUUUCUCUUCCGGGGGCUCCGGUCAAGGACCGUAAAGAUAUCAGGUCAAGUUAUAAGCAAGGAUAAUGUAUUUAGAAGGUUGAUUUUUAUCGCUUUUGUUGGGCGACAUUGUGGGGGACAUCUGUCACUUUCUGCAUACAAAUUUCAUUACCCCGCACCACCCCUCCCCGAUUUUUAUACCGGAGCCCCCGGAAGAGAAAUGUCAAGUCGAGAAAUGUCAUUUUGCUCUGAACAACUUCACCUUGUCAUUUAUAACACCUUGGUUAUAAGCCCGUUUUGACAGCUAGGUGGAAGAAGAAUCGACGAAGAAAACUGACAGUUAGUUUUCCGCGUUUGGCGAACGCUUCAAGUUCUCGAAGGAAAAUUUCCAUUUUAAAUCGGGUGUUCUAAUAAACUAAAAUAUUCACCCAAAUUGAUCUCCACCAAAUAUUGACCAUGCAAAACGUAAACAAUCCAUCAAUACAUAUACAAGCGGAAAACCAUCUGUCAAAAUCGGAGCCCAGGGGGGGAUCGCCAAAAGCGCUAUAACUACACCUCAUUAUACAUUCCACCUUGGCUCCGGUAUAAAAAUCGGGGAGGGGUGGUGCGGGGUAAUGAAAUUUGUAUGCAGAGAGUGACAGAUGUCCCCCACAAUGUCGCCCAGCAAAAGCGAUAAAAAUCAACCUUCUAAAUACAUUAUCCUUGAUUGGGAUGGCACUUGGGGCGAGUUCGCAAGCUGCUCGAAUUUGUUUAGCAGGCAGAUACACCAUCUUCCUGUAUUCACCUUGUGCAACAUCGAGUGAAUUGACACUGCCUGUAAACACAAUCGUUCCAAAACGAUCACAAAGGUGGCCUGGCGGCAUUCGGGAACGCAUGCUAUUGUUCGUAUCAUAUUCGCAGUAACUUUCGUGGUGAACGUGUCGCAAAUUAAAGCGAAAUUAACCCCACAGCGUUUCGCAACGGAAGUGAUCAGACACUGGGAAGCAUAUUGAAAAACGGAGACAACGCGGAACAAUAUUCCAGAUUUUUACCAACGUAAAAUUCGGCAUUGGGUGUUUCGUGAUGAUGAUGCAGAACGAGUCCACUGCGGCCAUGACCUCGGAUGCGGGAGGCCAAACGAGUCAAGCCAAACGAGGCUUGGCGAGCAAGGGAAAGAUAGCAACGCAUUACCCCUACCAAAUGAGGAUUGAACCGCGGGCAGAAGGGUUCCUUGCUGAUAUUGUGUUCUGUUGUAUAUGUCAGCCGGCCCUCUACAUCCGUCCCUUUGUGACGGAAUUUUCGCAGCAGGUGGAUUGGUUGCACCAGAAUGUGCAGGCCGUGGCAGCGUCCCAGAUGCAGGCAGCAGGCGAGCAGGAGCAGGCGGUUAUGUUCGUGGCGGGUGCACCAUGCCUUGCUCGGUACAGUGAGGAUGGGACAUACUACCGGGCAAUCAUAGAGAAGGUGGACGAUGUGCAAGAUGCCGUCCAUGUCCUGUACGUGGAUUAUCACAGUAGGGAAAUUUUGCCGAAGAGGGAUAUCUGCGAGUGCCCGCUAGAAUUGCGUUUGAUACCGCUGAGUUAUGCAUGUGUGCGGCUGGCGGGCGUUCAGCCAAACGCCACACGACCCAUUGCAGAGGUUUACGGACGGCUGCAGGAGCUUCUUGGAGCAGCAUCAUUUUACGUGCGAGUCAUCCAGCGCCCUGACGUGAAGGAGAGUACGAGUAUGCCAGAGGUAGAGCUCUUCACGGCGAAGGACUGCCAAACGCUCGCUUAUCAGACUUUAAUAGAUGAACAAUAUUUGGUUGCUGAUACCAACCAGUAAAUCAUUUGCGACACCCAUGGACAACCAAGUCCAUGGCUCUUCGCUAACUUUUAUUACUUUUUUUAUGAAUUGAUCACUACAAAUUUCGAUCGUUCAUGCUACACAGUUACGCCGCUGUUGGCAGUUCGAUUAGUAAUUCAUCACUCAUAUCUAAUGUUUUUUUUCAAGCUAGACCGUUCCUUCGCUUUGAAUUCAAUCUGAUGGCAGUUAGGUUUUUCAUUCUUUACUUACACAUUAUUCGGUUUACUUUCUCAGUUUUUGCAUUUAUAACAUUUAACUACCCAGAUGAUAUAGAAGUAAAAGAAUUAGAUUUUUUUGUAUUUGAACUAUGAGCAAUUAUAAUAAAACCCAAGCAAAAAAACAUAAACAACACCA